GGGGCUGCGUCCCUGCCUACGAAAGGGGGUGGGAGCAGGCGCUCCGUUUCCGGUGGCAGGCGCUCCGUUUCCGGUGGCAGGGUCUGGGAAAGGGGCGGCAGGCGCCAUGUCCGGCCGGGAAGGUGGCAAGAAGAAGCCCCUGAAACAGCCCAAGAAGCAGGCCAAGGAAAUGGACGAGGAAGAUAAGGCUUUCAAGCAGAAACAAAAAGAAGAGCAGAAGAAACUCGAAGAGCUAAAAGCAAAGGCCGCGGGGAAGGGGCCCCUGGCCACAGGUGGAAUUAAGAAAUCUGGCAAAAAGUAAGCUGUUCCUUGUCCCUGAGGAGAUGGUGACCCUUUAUUUCAUCCGUAUUUAAACAUCUGUAUUCCCUGCCAUAGCAUCUUUUGCCACCUAUAGCUAGAAUUAAGUGUUGUCUUGGAGCGGUUGUACAUUUAAGAAUAAACUUUUGUAUAAAAAAAAAAAGUAUAGUGGCUUAUCAUCUCUUUAGUUGUUUUCACUAAGUCAUUCCUACCAUAACUGUGAAUUUAAAGUAAAACCAGCUCAGAAUCUUGCAGGAGUCUGCUUUUUGGUCCUUGUUCUACCUUAAACUUUGUAUCACCUGAAAUUAAACCAACUUGUUUGAAAGGA